GGUAUUUCACAGCGUUAUACAAAUUUUCGGAGAACCCCACUAGAUGAUCGUCCCUUCCUGGUAAGUGUAUGUAUUCUGCCAGCAAUACUGCCGCAUACGAAAACCCCACACAUACGUUGCACAACAACAUUGGUAUGGAAAUAAUUGCGUUCGCGAACCGUGCACACGGAUCAUGAUGCAUAAUGGUGUUGCCCCAAUGCGUCGUGCUUAUAUUGCAGGGCCGCUUGGAUAUACUGAAUCCUGAUUUAAGCUUCUCCGUCGCGUUUUCCCUUUCGACGGUUUACUCAAAAUUUUCUUCAUGCCAUUCUCUACCGCGGCAUCGUCCACUGUCGCUCUCGAGCACCAACACAUCCUUUUAUCUCCAACUUCUCCCAUCAACCUUCAAACUUUUUCAGAUGUGCGUGACUCGGAGGAGGCUGCCCAGAGCAUCGCACUCCGCAUGAUCACCAAUGCGUGCACAGUGGACGGUGUCCGCAUCGGUAUCCACUAUUCGAAGGAAGACAACAGUGACUGUUUUCGACUUGUCGCUUCCCAUAUAUCCACCUGUCUACCUUUAUCCCCAUAUCUCUUUAUCAUAGCAACCACCAGUGUGUCGCCAACAAGUGUUGGUAGUGAUGCCUGUGUUUCAGACGCACUCAUCAUCUGCGGGUCAGAUGAGGAUGACAUGCAGCGGGCUGUGCUUCUCGCGUCUUCCAAAUUUCCAGGACGAGUAGAUGCAGUCAACAACAAGGGCACUCUCAUUGCUCAGGCUGCAUCCAUACGGCAAAUUGGCUCCUCGACAUACCACGAAGCCGCCUUGUGGGACAUAUUGUUCAACUCCGUGCAAACCCACAAUCCUCAUGCUCCUCCCCCCGGAUCUCGCAGCAUCGACCAAAUUCUCUCCGACGCCCGGGCGAAGCUCGAGCGAAUGACGCCCCAACAAGCUUACGACGCACUUCACGAUCCCACAUACCCGGUGCCCGUUUUUCUCGUGGAUAUCCGCCCUGCUGCAGAGCGCGGUCGUAAAGGCGAGAUCCACGGAUCUCUUAUCGUCGAACGAAACGUUCUAGAGUGGCGUUUUGACCCACGCUGCGAAGCGCGAUUAACAGUUGCAGAUCGCUAUGAUUCGAAGAUUAUAUUGUUUUGUCGUGAAGGGUACACCAGCUCAUUGGCUGCGGCGUCCCUGCAUGAGCUUGGGUUGUUGAAUGCGACCGAUAUAGUGGGCGGUUAUGAUGCGUGGAUCGCGGCUGGUCUUCCAUGUCAAUAGGCUAUUGAUGAGGAAAGCUAUCAAGUCAGUCGGCCAUCGUUUGAGUCUAGUGAUGUAAUUGAUGGGACAUGCCUAGAUUCAAUCAACAGAGGACUUUUAUGAAUUGUAACCAGCAGAGAUGACACUGCAGAUGCGGCGGCCAAUACUGGGUGUAGGGUGGCUGGGGAUCUGUGCAUGACCGAUAUCAUUGCUUGGCGAACUUGAAAUAGCAAGCUUGAGAAUGUUUUUUAUUGUAACUUUAUUGUGUACAAGACUCUCAUCCGGGACACAUCACAUACACGUGAUCGCGUCA